AUAGGUGGCGGCAGGUUGGGCGCCACUCUUCUCCGAUCUGGCUUCAAAAAGGUUUCGGUCUACCCCCGCAGAGCGAAGCGGUACUGCCCUCUCCUAUAAAUAGAGCCGGCCGAGGCGCACGGCACGGUAAUGGCGUGGGAGAGUCCCCGCGAAGGGACGGGCAGCAACCGCCCGGGGACGGUUCCGUGGUGCCGGCUCCCGGGCGGCCCGUGGCGGAGAGGAGCUGUGCCGGGCCCGCUGCCGCACGGCCGGCGCGGGAGAGCUACGGGCAGAGAUCUCUGUCCAGUUCUGGGCUCCCCAGCUCAAGAGGGACAGGGAACUGCUGGAGAGGUCAGCGCCGGGCUACCGGGAUGCUGAGGGGACUGUAGCAUCUCUCUGGGGUGAUGCCAGAGGCACUGGUGAAGGAGAGACAAGCAGCAGGCCCACGAGAGGAUGGCGAGAGGGGCUCCAGGAGGAGCUGGGGGCUCUUGGUUACUGCUGGUGUCGGUGGGACCUUGGUGGCACUCUAUGCCGUGGCCACCCCGUUCGUGACCCCGGCUCUGAGGAAAGUGUGCCUGCCCUUUGUUCCUGCAACUUCCACACAGAUCCAGAACGUGCUGAAGAUGUUAGAAAACAGAAGUGGCUCUGUAGUUGACAUUGGCAGUGGAGAUGGCCGCAUUGUGAUAGCAGCUGCAAAAAGGGGAUUUAAAGCUGUUGGUUAUGAAUUAAAUCCCUGGCUAGUCUGGUACUCCAGAUACCGUGCCUGGAGAGACGGGGUGCAUCAGAACACCAGAUUUUAUAUUUCAGACUUAUGGAAGGUUUCUUUUUCCCAUUAUACAAAUGUUGUUGUUUUUGGAGUACCUCAAAUGAUGCCACAGUUGGAGAAGAAGCUGGAAGAAGAACUUGAAUGUAAUGCCAGAAUCAUUGCCUGUCGUUUUCCUUUCCCUUGCUGGAUCCCAGAUCGUACUACUGGAGAGGGAACAGAUACUGUGUGGGCCUAUGAUUUGAAACAUUCUAGAAGAUGUGAAACAAAAAGCUUAGAAAUUAAACCAGAGACAGAAUCCUAAACAUCUAAUUUGGUUUUGUACUGAUUUUUUGGGGGCUUUGAUUUUGCCUGUUAAAGAGACGUGUGAACAGAGCCCCAGGAUAAGGGGGACAUAUAAUCACUAAAAGAGCUGAAGUACACUGUUUAUCUGGAAGCACACAAUGCAGUCAGUAAAAACUGAGAAGGUUUUAUACAAGUGGAAAGCUUUAGUGUGGAAAAAAUGGGAUAAAAUAUGUUAAGGGGAAUAUAAGUUAAAAAUGCUCCAAUCAGUGAAGUUAACGUGUGCAUUCUUUCUGAGCCCACACAGCGUUUGUUAUCGGUGUUGGAAGUGUGUUAAGUGGCUUCCCAAAUGAGCCAGGGUUCUGGAAUGUCUUCCUUCUGUGUGCCAAGGAGGCCCAAUGCUGCAUUACAUCCAACUGAUGCAGACUGAGUACGAUGGUGACACCAAUGUUUUACACCUCAGCCUUGAAUGGCUGCUUUUAAAAGUUGGGUAUGACAUGACAAGCAGAUAUAACUAAUACAACAAGUUGCUUCUCUAUUUACAGAAGUGCAGCCCUUGAUUAUUAUCUUCAUGUCUUUUUAUUUAACUUGUUAUGUGAAGACAAAACUGCAGGUGUGUGCUCUUACUGAGUGCUUCUUGGUAUAAGCAUUUGCAAAUGACCAUGAUUUUUCCUAACCACACAAGGAGACCAAGCCAGGCAAGGACACCACCCUGGCUGAGCCUCUCAUUCCUCUCCCAUCUCAAUCUCACCCUCAUCAGAGCCAAUCUCCCAGACUAGAAAUGUCUCACACCUAUUCCUGGAUGAGAGGUGUCAAGAUGGGAAAGAAGUGCAAGGCUUAAUCUCACUUUUGGAGUGCAUCUCUACCCAAUGCUGGGCUUGGUGCUGUCCCACCUACUGAGUGGUCUGAACUCAAAUAGAAAACAUCUCACUGCUGGUCCCAUGUAAGAAGUUCCUGGAAGGAAAGAAGCUGCUGGCCUUCAUCUGCCCCCAGGAGCUCAGCAGAACCUCCACCAAACCUGGGGCUCAGAGCUUUGUUCCUUACCUGACCAUGCUGACUUUCCAUCUCAUCAAUCUGACUCUCACAACACCUCCUCUCCAGAAUCAAAAAUGUCUUACAGUUGCUCUCAAAUGAGGUCUUCCAAGAAGGAGAGAAGUGGCUGACUUUCACCUUCCCUUAGGAUUGCAUCGGAAUCAGGACCAAAGCAGGGGCUCAGAGAUUUCACUCAUUUGGGAAUUUAGAGGGUUUUGUGGAUGUUUGACACUGAUGAGUGUAUGAAAUUGUGGUUUAGAAUGUGCUUUUCUGGGAAAAUAAAUGAGAACUGUC